AUGGCUUCUACCAAAUCCCAAGACGCCGUGACUGGCAGCCAAAAAGGCGGAGAACUUGUGGACAUUGAGAGACAGGGGACUCAUGUCCCACUGGCGACAGAAGCGCCAAAAUCCCUCGGUGCAGGAUCUGCACUGGCCCUCGGCGCAUUCGGAACAACUUUGACGACCCUUUCGCUGAGCUUGAUGGAGUGGCGCGGUGUUACGACAACCAAUGUAUUUGUCGCAAACUUCUUUUUCAUCGCUGCCUUUGGCCUGGUAGUCACUGCGCAGUGGGAGCUCUCGAUCGGAAAUGGUUUUGCCUACACGGUUUUCAGCGCGUUCGGUCUUUUCUAUGCAGGAUACGGUGCCUUGUUGACUCCAGCAUUUGGUGUCGCCCAGGCAUAUGGCGAUGACACAGCCCAGUACAACAACGCAGUUGGUUUCUUUAUGAUAUUAUGGACUGUUUUCGUGUUCACUUUUCUCAUUGCGUCACUCCCAAGCAACAUCGCGUAUAUCCUUGUCUUCUUCUUUGUGGACCUCGGAUUCCUCACAGUUGCGGCAAGCUACUUUGCUGAAGCAGAUGGCCACGUUGACGCUGCUGUCGCACUGAAGAAAUCGGGCGGAGUGUUUUGUUUCCUUGCGGGUCUGAUCGGAUGGUACAUUGUUUUUCACCUUCUUUUGCUGGACUCACUACUCUAUCUACCAUUGGGUGAUACGUCGCGAUACUUUGGAAAAAAGAAGAAGGGCGAGUAA